CACUUUAUGUGUUACGUAAUGAUCAAUAAAAUAAUUUUUUUUAUCAGCUUAACAUUUUAGUCGGAAAAUUUAUCUGGUAUAUGUAUUCAUGGAAGAUGUUAAAUAUAAGAGUACCAAAAUUAAUUCAUAAAACCAUGAACCGUUCAAUUAAUUACCUAAGUUUGUGGGGGUCAUUGAUUUGUUUAUUUUUUUGGCUCGAUCUUCUUUGAGCCGUUAUUCAUCUAAAAAUUGGGUUGAUAGGUAGCUAGUGAAAUAGGUGAGUUAUGCACACAAACAACACUAAUAUUAAAAAGAAUAUUAUUAAUGAAGUAGGUGUCUGCUGUUAGUUUGUUGCAUCAUAUGGGUUUACCUCUUCUAACUCCUCACCUAAAAGUCCAAGAUCCUACAUUUUUUUUUCGUGUAAUCAACAAAAUUAUAAUGUCAAUACAAGGCGGCAGCGAAAACAGUAGCAAUAUUAUGGCUCAACCAUUUCUCCAUGAAUUCAAGAAACAAGCUUCUUUCUUCCUUAAGGAGAAGAUCAAGACAGCCAGAUUGGCCUUGACUGAUGUUACACCAACUCAGAUAUUGACAGAAGAAGCUACAAAUGGAACUCCAGGUGCACCAGACACAAAAACACUAAAAAUCAUAGCCAAGGCAGCUUUUGAAGUUGAUGACUACUGGAGAAUUGUUGGGAUCCUUCACAAAAAAUUGUCAAGUUUCGAUAAAAAGAACUGGAGGGUUUCAUAUAAGGCUGUGAUAGUGUUGGAACACUUGUUGACUCAUGGACCUGAAAGUGUUGCAGAGGAAUUCCAAAGUGACAAAGAUGUUAUCAGGGAAAUGGAAAGCUUUCAACUCAUUGAUGAGAAAGGAUUCAACUGGGGACUAAAUGUUAGGAAAAAAUCAGAGAGGAUAUUGAAGCUGCUAGAAGAUGUGCAACUUCUUAAAGAAGAGAGGAACAAAUCCAGGAAGAUAUCUAGAGGAAUUGAAGGUUUCGGGAGCUUCAAUAUUAGGAGUGCUAGCAGUUCAGGGGAAGGAAUUUUGCAAGAAUCAGCAAUUAAACCUUAUGGAAGGUGUAAUUCUCAGUUUAAUCAUUAUGAAAAUGAGGAUGAUGAAUUGCAAGCUAGUGAAAAAGUGGAUGAUGAGUACUUAGUUUCUGGGGUUUCUUGUAUUAGUUUCAAAGAAAACAUGGCUCCAAGUGAGGACAUGCAUAAGUGGAACUUCAAAGGAGAAUCAAAAGCACUUCUCGAUGAACAGAAAGCAGAACCAAGAAUGGGAUUCUCCUCAGAAGAGGAUCACCCUUUCAGCAAAACCGACAGAUUAACGUCAGUGUCCCUGCUUUCUUCUGGAGAUCAAGUGAUCCAAGCAUGUCACUAGGACGCUCCCCUGGAACAGUUGUUUUGUGCUUUCAUCUGUCUCUCAGGAGCAAUCGUGUGGUUUUCCGAGAGAUUGGCCCAAGUGACCUAACUGGUUGUUCUCUUAUAUGCUUAUACCACUACUAGCUGUUUUGAGAUUCUGUAGUGACCUACAGGUUAAAGCAAUGCAGAAAUGCAACUGUACUUCCAUAUCAGGUUCAUGAAAUAAUUGCUACUUUCUUGAAAAGAGCUUACUGCCCAA